AUGGCACUUCAACUAACUUUAUCAUGUGAUUCGGAUAAAAUAGAAAGUGGUUCAACACUUAUACAUUCGACUGGUGUUCCAGGUUAUAAGAUUCCACCGGAAAUUAUUCGUAUUUUACAAGAUAAUCUUACAAAUGAUUUAUUAUCUGAUAAUGAACAAGGUGUUCUUUGUCGAGCAAAUUCUCAACGUAUUCUUGAUAUUCUUCGUCAAAAUGGAUUUACUCUACAAAAUCAAACAAAUGAAGAUGAUAGAACAUUAUGGAUAGUAGUAAAAGGUAGUGGUGAUAAUAAUGAACAACCUGUUAAUCCACAAGAUCCAAAUGAUGGUAAUGAUGGAAAUGCUGAUGGUGGUGAUGAAGCUGAAAAUAAAGAAGAAGAAGAAGAAGGAGGAGGAGAAGAAGAUGAAGAACAAGAACAGGAAGAAUAA